UCAAGACUUGGAGGGCUUCUUGCCGCCGCGCGCGCGCCGAACGCCGCGGUGAUGCUGGCCGACAGACGCGACGUCUACGCCACCGCCGACGAGGAACGCGCCGACUCCGAGGACGCCGAGGCGGCCUAUCGCCAGCAGCUGGUGUCGCCCCGGGGACGCUCGGGUGACGCGCCGGCGGGCAGGCGCCCACCACGGCACCUCGCUCUGGCGGCCCUGGUGGCGGCGCUGGGCGCUUCGGUGCUGGCGCUGGCGUUGGUCGGUGGCAGGAUACCUCGAGCCGCCAGGAGGCAGGAGCGAGCCGCGGCCGUGCUGGUCGAGGAGCUGAUCGGCACCGUCGGGGUGCCAGGCUGCGAGGACGCGGUCGGCAUAGACACGCCCUGGGGCGACUCGUGCCAGGCCGUCGCGGGUGAGUGCUCCGACGUCGAGCACGGCGACCAGGUCCGCGGCCUGUGCCCCGUGACGUGCGGGGCCUGCGGAGGC